AGCGACUCCUCCAGCGACAGUGAAAGUGAGGAUAAUUUCCUGAUGCUUCCCCCCCGGGACCACCUGGGCUUGGCCCUUUUCUCCAUGCUGUGCUGCUUCUGGCCCCUGGGGAUUGCUGCUUUCUACUUCUCCCAAGGGACCAGCAAGGCUGUCUCCAAAGGAGAUUUCCAUCUGGCCAGUUCAGCCUCCCGCCGAGCUCUCUUCCUCGCCGCGCUCUCCAUAACCAUCGGCACCGGAGUGUACGUCGGGGUGGUGGUAGCGCUGAUCGCUUAUCUCUCUAAAGGGGGCCACCUAUAG